AAUGAGGGGCCAUCAUCCCGGCGGGUCAGAGCUGGAAAAUACAGUUAAAAGUCUGUUUAGAUGCGUUUAAAAUGAAUAAGCAAGCGGUUCUGGUGGGCACCUGAGCGUCUGUCGGGCGUCCUUUCACCUCCUCGGCCGGUUUCAUCAAACUCACUCCUCUUGUUGCCCUUUUCCACCUGACGUUCUCUGGACCAAUGCCUUAGAUCUGAGAAGACCUUGAACGAAAGCAUACAUAUAUUCUGUGACAUAGUUCUAUAUCUCAAGGAGAAGUUAAAAUAUUCAGCCCUGAAACAAUCAUCUGUCAACCCCUCCUUCCCCUCUCACUCCGCCUUUUCAUGUCAGAUUUAUCGGGAGGGCCAGUAAAUCACAUUUAGGUCCUCACAAGCACACAUAUACACACACACACACGUCACCAUGUCCUCCAUCCUUCCUUUCACUCCUCCAGUAGUGAAACGCCUCCUGGGAUGGAAAAAGAGUCCAGUGGGGACUGGAGGGGCCGGAGGAGGUGGAAUAGGAGGAGUGGGGGAGCAGAACGGAGGAGGCCAGGAGGAGAAAUGGUGUGAAAAAGCUGUAAAGAGCCUGGUGAAGAAGCUGAAGAAGACUGGGCAGCUGGAUGAGCUGGAGAAAGCCAUCAGCACGCAGAACAGCAACACAAAAUGUGUCACCAUACCCAGCAAUUGCUCAGAUCUGUGGGGUCUAAGCUCAGGCCACAGGAUAGAGCAGUGGGACUCGACAGGCAUGUACGGAUACCCUGACCACAGCAGGUCAUUGGACGGGCGUCUUCAGGUGUCUCAUCGUAAAGGCCUGCCCCACGUCAUCUACUGUCGCCUGUGGAGAUGGCCUGACCUUCACAGUCACCAUGAGCUGAGGGCCAUCGACACCUGCCAGUACGCCUUCAACCUGAAGAAGGAUGAAGUGUGCGAUCCCUACCAUUACCAGAGAGUGGAGACGCCUGUUCUGCCUCCAGUGUUGGUGCCACGCCAUACAGAGAUUUUAACAGAACUUCCACCUCUAGAUGACUUUACAAACUCCAUCCCUGAAAACACCAACUUCCCUGCAGGAAUAGACCCCCCCAAUAACUAUAUACCAGAGACUCCUCCACCUGGAUACAUAAGUGAGGAUGGAGAGACGAGCGACCAACAGAUGAAUCAAAGUAUGGAAUCAGGUUCACCAGCAGAACUGUCACCAAGUACUCUGUCACCUGUCAGCCACGGCCUAGACCUCCAGCCGGUCACCUACAGCGAACCAGCUUUCUGGUGCUCUAUAGCCUACUAUGAGCUCAACCAGCGGGUCGGAGAGACGUUUCAUGCCUCACAGCCAUCCCUGACCGUUGAUGGCUUCACCGACCCCUCCAACUCUGAACGCUUCUGUUUAGGACUACUCAGCAAUGUCAACAGAAAUGCAACUGUUGAAAUGACAAGGAGACAUAUAGGUCGUGGUGUGCGGUUGUAUUACAUUGGAGGGGAGGUGUUCGCUGAGUGCCUCAGUGAUAGUGCCAUUUUUGUCCAGAGUCCCAACUGCAACCAGCGAUACGGCUGGCACCCGGCCACAGUCUGCAAGAUACCAUCAGGCUGUAAUCUGAAGAUUUUUAACAACCAGGAGUUUGCUGCAUUGCUGGCCCAGUCAGUCAACCAGGGGUUUGAGGCCGUCUACCAGCUAACCAGGAUGUGCACCAUCAGGAUGAGCUUUGUCAAGGGCUGGGGAGCAGAAUAUAGACGACAGACUGUAACCAGCACUCCCUGUUGGAUCGAGCUGCAUCUCAACGGCCCCCUCCAGUGGUUGGAUAAGGUGCUGACCCAGAUGGGUUCACCAUCCGUGCGAUGCUCCAGUAUGUCUUAAACUGGGUCUGCUAACGCAGACACUCACAACAUUUGACCAGUGUGUCCUAAAACAGACUGUCAUCCAGUCUUAAACUGAUAUAUUAACUAACAACAUCAUUGGAAAAAAAAAAACGAAAGGAUACACAACGGGCCUGGGAUGAGAGAACCAUGUUGCUGAAGGACACGAGGGGAGCGGUGACAGUGGGCUGACAUUCCAGUAAACAUGGACGGAACUUUCAAACUCUUCAGUUUCAAAAUGAAAACUGAGUGAUGUCAAAAAAGGACCAAGCUGCAUUUAUGUUUGCAUUUUUACUUUCUUUUUUUUUGUUUGAUUGAAGUUCUGAUCCAGAAACACAAAACCAGAGUGAGAGCUUUACUGUCUUCAUUGGAAACGCCACAGACAGCCGUUUUGGCAGCAAUCGCGCAUGUAAUCCUUGACCACUAGCCUGCCAUUCCUCCUCACUACUUACCAACCACAGCACAAGCUUCCAUUUUCAGCGUCAAGGUUUUCGUUUACGGAAACUUCAAAUACUGCCGCUCCGGGCCUGCGCUCAACCAAAGUCAACACACACCUACAUGUGUUUUUUAGUGUUUCUUGGUUUCUGGUGACCAACUUCCUUUUCAUUGUUAUGUGAAAUUUUCACCUUUUUUGCUGUUGUUUUAAAGAUAUUAGAUUGGCUGAAACCCUGGUGUUUGAUAAUGGGUUUCUGAUUUCAUGUAGCCAUGUGUGGGUUAUAUCUAACUUCUGUGUUCUGUGGCAACUGGAAUACAUACGCUAACGGUUCCUAAGAGAACGAUAUAAAACCAAUAUCAGUUUAGUGAAACUUUUUAGAUCACAAAAACCAGUUAAAGCUAGCCCCACUUUAACAGUUCAUGACCCAACAACUUGCACUAUUUCUAUAUUGUCCUGCACACAUUCUUUCUCCUCAUUAUUAUAUCCACAAUUCUAUCAUCGCUGGAGUUGUAUUGCAUAUAGGACGAGAAGGAUUCAGACUGGCACAAAGUCAGUCUUAAAAUGCAGUGGCACCCCCUGCUGCCUGUUUGAACUCCCAUCACUUGUUUUUUAAACAUCGUUCCCCGAUAUAUUGAUGUUUCGUUGUUGGGAAAAGCCCUGCUGUGUGCGACUUUCCAAACAGCACCUAUACUGUACUUGCACUGUCCCAGAUCUUGCACCGCUAAUAUUGUUACAAAUAAGUUGCCUUUUGACAUGAAAUACAGCAAGAGAUAUUUACAAAUAGGAAUGUUGAAAAGCCCAAUGGAAGUUAAAAAAAAAAAAAUUUUUAAAGGCUUAUUUUUAGAGUAAUUCCUAUUAAAAAUGUACUGAUCUUCCCUGAACUGGCUUCUAAAGUGUCUAGAGAAUCCAUAGGCGUUUGAAUUGGGUUUCUUUCCCAAAAUCCAUAAAGCAGCUGGUUGUUAAAUCAGUAUUUUAUAGCCCAAAUGUUUUCAAGUCCAAGUAUUGAAGCUUUAAUUGACAAGCUAGUUCUACUACAAAGUCAUUAUUUACUUCACACUUCUCUCUGUAUUUUCAUGUAUUUUCUAUAUAUAAAUGUAUUUAAAAUCUUCAAAGCUUUUUUGCUUUUAAUUAGAAAUCAGUAUUUUUUUAGAAUACGCCCUCUUUUUGACAUUAUCACAGCUUGAUGGUGUGUGGAAUAUAUAGCAUAGGAUACGACACUUUCACAGAGAACCGUUACAAUUGUGUGCUUUAUGACUAAUUGGCCAGUGCAUCACAUAGUUUUAAUUCUGAAAUCCUGAUUCGGUUGCAAAGCGGCUGAAUUCUGGAGUUAAUCAGCUGUUCUGGCUGUUUGGUAGUUCCAUUUUCAGCCUUAUGAGUUUCCAGCAUUUGCGUGACCCAUAUGAUUGAAUACAUACACUGAAAAUCCCCUUUGUCGAAAACCUAAUAGCUCCAAUUGGUGUCGUUUUGUUUUUUUGUUUUUUUUGUAAUAUUUAAACCAACCAAAUCUCUUUUGGGAGAUUUGGUUUAUUUUGUGACCAUGGAAAUUGGGGCAUCUGGGGAAUCCUGUAUUCACCUUCAAUAUUCCAGCCUUCUAUGUUAAAUGGUAAAAACCCAGACUCUGAUCCUGUUUAGUUCUGUCUCAUCUAUUGACAUAGCACAUUCCAGCGUCUGUGCAAAUGCCGCUGGAUGUUUCAGCUUUGCAGCUUUUUGAAUCUCGUGACUAUACGGUUUCACACUGUUAAAUAACAGUGAGUGUGUUUACAUGCACACAGGAGAACACAAUGUUUUAUCUCAGUCAUGGGCUCUUUACUGUAAGUGUAGCGCUUGCUUGUAUUGCAGCCUUGGAAAAAAACAAAAAAAGACAAAUACAUGAGCAGAAUGUUACUGAUAUCAUGAAAAGUGAGACAUGUAAAUAUAUGUAAAUGGCACUCGGUGUAUUACUUACGUCACUGUCUUGGCUCAUACUGUCACAUUCCAUUUGAUUCUCUCUGUGACAAAAACAUGACUUGAUGCUCAGUGAUGUUGGCAUUGCAUGUAAACACAUUCACUAUUUUGUAUCGGAUUGAUCACUACAGCAAAAUGUGGAAGAAAUGUACAUUUAUAAAAAUGCAGAAUGAAGGUUUAGUUUGUCCAGUAUUCAUAUGUACUGUCGUCAGUCUGUAGAGGUUUAAUAAUUCAGGAUACACAAUGAUCAUCCUUUUAUUUAAUGCACAGUAAAAUAAAAAGUUAACAGUGGAGGACUUUGUUGGUGAGAAAAGGGGAAACAUUACCCUCAAAAAGCUAAAGUUUUUAGUAUUAGUCCCUCGGUUUGGACUGGAAAUGAAUACCAGCAAUGAAGGAAAAUUAAAGUAAAAGUUAAUGUCCAGUGCUAAAUCAGUCGUUAAUCUGAGAUUGAGCCCUCAGCAACUAUCAUUACUUACAUCUGCCAGAUUUUACAGCAAAGUUUGUUAUAUCUAGGCUAAAACCUUAUCCUGUAAAUGUCCCUUUUGUUCUCACUGGGGUACAAUUUUACUUCUACGUUGAGUGGAAAAUGGUAGCUACUCAGAUUUUUGUUGUAGUCAGACAUCAAAAUGUUUGGACUGUAUUAAAAAUGAACCCAUUGAGUCAUACAGUGUUUUCAGGUGGUUUCUGCAUACUGCCAGGGUCCAAAAAAAGCCUUUUCUCUGACAUGACCUCUUUUGAAAUUGUAACCCACAACUGAACCAAGCAGCUUCUCACCCUAACCCUGAAAAGUCUGUGCUUUAGUGAUGGAAGAGACCAAAUGAGGUUUAGUUUAGUUCAUAUCUACACAUUCUGAAGGUCUACAUACCUAUUUGGAGAACUUUUUUUUUGUCUUUGUUUUUUUGUUUUUUUUCUUUUUCAGUAAUUGUGAUGGAUAGUUGUAUCCCUAAAGCUCCCCCUUCUGGAUGACAUCCUAAUGAAGUGGGCUUUUGGGGGGAAUGUUUCUACAUGUCACUAGUGAUGUUGUAUAGCUGUACUUUUAUUUUUUAGUAUACAUGCUGUUCCUCUUUCUCGCUGUCAACAAGAGUAUAUUCCAUUAGACAACAAGCUGUUAGGAUUUCUGUCUUCUUCACUCUGUUGAUGAUCUUCAAAGGCUUUCCAACUAUUCUUCAUAUACAGACAUCUUCUUACAGUGUACACUAAUAAAGCUGUUUUAAUUCAA